CAGGCUGAUGAGAUCCUUCGAGGAAUCCUGUAUCGGCCUUGGGUUCAGAUUGGUGCGACAUUGCUCAAACGAUGAUGAAUAAGGAGAGGUCUUCCGUGGCUUUCGACGCUCUGUGAGGUCGAGUGACAAAGGACCGUGCUCAAGGUGGAAAGGGUCGCACCUUCCUUGACACGAUGCCUACGCUCCUUCCUCGCACGGCCAAGUAAGGGGAAACGAGAUGAGAGUAGCACAGGCCAAAGCAGUGGUAUGUGUCGACCUGCACAAGGAUCAAAUGGGUGCUGGUUCAACGUCAAAGUUUGCUUCGUUCAUUCACCGUUUGUCGUUUGCCUCAAGCGAUGUCGACGUGGCGCUGCAUAAGCUUUCCCCGUUUGCUCAUUCACCCUGCAUUUGUACGGUGACAACACCUCCACCCUGUUUUGCCUGUUCUUGCAGAGCGUCCAAGAAGAUUUUCUUCCUCCACCACACUGGGCGUUGGCGACACGACUUGUUCGCAACACCUACGAACAUGCCACCCAAGACGAACGGGCAGGCAGCGUCGGCUGCGAAUCUUUGUGGCAGAGCACAAUCCAACACGCUUCAAGACAAUGAAGCGGGCCAUGCUUCUGGGAACGACUCAUCCGCAGGCCAAAAUGCCUCGUUUCCACUUCGCCGCUGCUCUCCGCUGUUGGAAGUCGAUGAGAUUGCAGUACCGCGAGACGAGGACUCUGAGAUUCCAUCUCUCGGCACCACCAACCUGUUGACAGAAGAAAUGAAGAAGGACAAACCGUUCGCGCAAAGAGCUGCUCCACCAAUUCCUCACCCAGCCACUUCCACUGCGGUAAUGCUAGGACAAGGAACUGCUGGUCAAGCAUUGAACAGGCUCGUGCGGAGUCUCCCAAAGCUUCGAGAUUUUCGAGUUGACAUUGUGGGCAACUCGAUUCGUUUCGGCACUCUAACGGACGACCUUAGCGGUAGCCAGAACGACUUCCAUACGCGCACCACGGAGGCCGCAGCCAAAGGCCUCAAGACUCCUUUCACCUAUGCCGCACCAGAUUGGAGUGCAUCAUACGAACAGCGCUUCAUGAUCGCACAAAGUUUCCAGGCCAUCCUACAACGCAUCCCUGAUGAGCCGACCGAUCUUUCCGGAAUUGCAAUGCAGUUGAUGUUUCACUGUGCCGUUACUUCCACACCUUGCCUGCCCCGUUCGAUCUACCAGGCCGUCACAAGUGUUUCCCCAGGCUUCGCGCUGUCGGCCACCCGCUGGGCCGAAAAAGUCUGGCCUGGACUCUCGUCGCUACAAAUCGAGAUGCCAACAAAGCCACGGCAACAAGAUGUUGAAAUUCUGGAUCGCGUCUACAUCAAGGCCUGUGAAUUGUCACUCGCUACUGGAUCCUUUUUCGAAGGCAUAAUGGAGUCUUGCCGACUGGCGGACGCUUUCAAUGAAUCUCAACAUGCUGCUUCCGGGGAGAAGUGCCACUGCUCGGAGGAGGAGUCCAAAUCGACCGAUCACCAUCUCUGCCAUGAAGACUGGCAGCCUGCUCCUCAAGCAUCAGCACAUACCCAGCAAAAUUUGAUCAGCCAGAUUUGUCGUGAACAAGCAAGGCAUACGAAAGAUUCGCACCAUUGUCUUGCAUCUGGCGAAGCCACUGUCGGGAAGCGCGAGGCAGAUACUCGUCGGCACGUUCGCUUCUCCACACCUCCACCUCCCAAGAAGAACAAGCCUGGCGUGGCGAUCCUGAAAGCCAAGGCCAAAUCUCUCGUCUCCAAGAUGAAACUUUCAUGUAGACGGCUGGCGAGUGUGGUGUGGAAAGGAGAUGGCAAGGCUGUUAAUCGCUAUGACACCGGUCACCAAGAUCAGCCAAAGAAAGGCGUGACAAGCGAGGUGGCCUCGCACAGCGCUCAGAGCACUGCGGAAUGCCGCGAGGGGAUGCAGGAUCUGCAAGCCGCGCGCCCCCAGCCUCGCCGUGAGCACCGCGCAGAUCUGCAGGAGAUUGUCGACAUGACCCUCACGAUUCAACAGACGUUGGAGGCAGCCCGGCAGACCUCUCAACAAAUUCUGGAUACAGCCCAGCGGACGUUAAAGACAACACAGCAGGCGGCUCAGCAGAAUCUGCAUACAGCGGAGCAAGCGGCACAGCAGAUCCUGGCUAUCGCUGACCAAACCGCUCGUUCGAUGAUGGAUAUGGCCAAGCAGAAGUCGUGAUACAAGACAACAAGCAUCCGAUACACUGAACGAAGCGGCAAGGUACGAUACUUGCGGGUGAUCAGACCAAGCUUGACGAGAUUAAUCAAACUUCGUGUGG